UAGAAAAUCUAUACUCUAUGCCUUCCUGAGGUUUUUCGUACACCUACUCACUCUGAAUUCUCCAAAUUGAUUCCUCCAAGACAAAGGGAAAUGCGGAUUAGUGUCUAGAAAUCGUUUUCGGUGUUCGAUGAACGGAUAAACUCGAGGUUUUCCAUUUCUGAUUCCAUUUCAGCAACAAUCAGCUUGAUUUUGAGUGCUCGAUUCUUGUUUCUGAAGUUCUCGAAAUGGACGAUGAGGGUGGUGCGGCUAUGACUCCAGAGGGCUUGGACUGGAAAUUCUCUCAGGUUUUUGGUGAACGUGCAGCAGGAGAAGAGGUUCAAGAAGUUGAUAUCAUUUCAGCAAUAGAAUUUGAUAAAACUGGGAACCAUCUUGCGACUGGAGAUCGUGGGGGUCGUGUGGUUUUGUUCGAAAAAACUGACAGAGUAGAUCAUGGUGUUCAUCGAAGAGUUCUAGAGGGAAUGGAUUGUUCCAGCAGCCGGCACCCUGAAUUUCGCUAUAAAACUGAAUUCCAGAGUCAUGAGCCAGAGUUUGACUAUCUAAAGAGCUUGGAAAUCGAGGAGAAAAUCAACAAGAUCAGAUGGUGUCAGACAGCUAACAGCGCCAUGUUUUUGCUAUCUACCAAUGAUAAAACCAUAAAGUUCUGGAAGGUCCAAGAAAAGAAGAUCAAGCAGAUAAGCAACUUGAAUGUAGAGCCUUCAAGACCUACGAGCAAUGGUUUUAUUAGUAGUUCUAAUGUACCUACCUCGUUCAAAGCAUGUUCUGCAAAUGGAGGAUGUAUCGACAAUCGCCUGAGUUGUAGGAGCAACAAUCUUUCGUUCCUGCCUGGGGGGAUUACUUCUCUACGUUUACCUAUGGUAGUAACCAGUCAUGAAAGCAGCCUUUUAGCUAGAUGUCGAAGAACAUAUGCUCAUGCCCAUGACUAUCAUAUUAAUUCCAUCUCGAAUAACAGUGACGGUGAAACAUUUAUAUCAGCGGAUGAUCUGCGUAUAAACCUUUGGAACUUCGAAAUUAGCAGUCAGAGUUUUAACAUUGUUGACGUGAAGCCUGCAAACAUGGAGGAUUUAACCGAGGUAAUAACUUCAGCAGAAUUUCAUCCUUCACACUGUAAUAUGUUGGCAUAUAGUAGCUCAAAAGGCUCGAUAAGGCUUCUUGAUUUGCGGCAAUCAGCUUUAUGUGACACUCAUAGCAAAUUGUUUGAAGAAAAUGAGCCUCCUGGUUCAAAAUCUUUUUUCACAGAUAUUAUAUCCUCAAUUUCUGAUAUAAAGUUUGCAAAGGGGGGUAGGUAUAUACUAAGUCGUGACUACAUGACCCUUAAGCUGUGGGACAUAAAUAUGGGUUCUGGCCCAGUUGCAACUUUCCAGGUGCAUGAACAUUUGAGACCCAAGCUGUGUGAUUUGUAUGAAAAUGAUUCGAUCUUUGACAAGUUUGAGUGUUGUCUGAGUGGAGAUGGACAGCGGGUUGCAACUGGUUCAUACAGCAAUACGUUUCGUGUGUUUGGUUGUUCUGAGGGCAGCUCAGAAGCAACAACUUUAGAGGCAACCAAGAAUCCUGCAAGGAGACAAAUUCAGACCCCUCCAAGAUUCUUAAGAUCCCCUGGAAACCAGUCCCAUGGCGUUAACAAGCGAGAGGGAUCAGAUUAUAACUCAGGAGGAGUUGACAUGAACGGAAACACUUUUGAUUUGUCAACAAAGUUGCUCCACCUUGCAUGGCACCCUAAUGAAAACUCGAUCGCUUGUGCUGCUUCAAACAGCCUAUACAUGUAUUAUGCAUGAAGAUGGAGUGUACAUUGUUGUUACUUGGACUUGGAAAUUGUGGCUUUUGUCAUGUAGUCGAAACACAGGCAUUUAAUGUGUCAAUGGAUCCAUCGUCAAAUUAUAUCUGCAGCACCAACCUCAAAAGCUAUAUAUGGAGAAAGGUAGGUGCAGUUCCGUAUCAUUAAUUAUUAAUGUCGUACUAUACUGUUUAGAUGGAACGAAUAUAAGCUCUCCUACAACCAAAAAAUUGAACCACAGGGUUUAUUUUUGGAUUGGGAGGAAGAAGCUGUGUGUGUGUGUGUGUUGUGCAUAAAUUAUGUUUAGACCUGGACUUAAACUGUAUAUUUGUUGAAUGGGAGAGUUUGAGACUCAUUUAUAUGUUAUGUUGGCUGCUAGUCUUUAGAUUGCAAAA